AGAUAGGGUGACAACCAUAUUUGCAUAACGCUAUUAGAGAAGUCACCUUUCGGAGUUGACAAAUUCUGAUGGUGGGAAGCCAAAGAAGAAGGAUGGCUAGGACCACUGGCUAAUGACCCUACAUCAGACAGCACACAUCAACUGCCUAGUGAAUACAUCAUUACCAUCCUGUGCCAUUGCCAUCAGAGGGACCUUAAGUCAGACAGCACACAUCAACCACCCAGUGAACACACCGUUACCAUCUUGUACCAUUGCCAUCAGAAGGACCUCAGCCAUCAAUCAUUAGCACAUGAUUGACAAACGAAGAAUGAGGCUUUGGGCUUUGGCAAUUCUGACAGUUCUCAUGUAUUUGACAGUAACAGGGGGCAGCAAACCAUUCUGGGGUCUGGAAAAUGAAGCUUUAAUUGCGAGAUGCCCCCAAAGAGGACGCUCAACUUAUUCUGUGGAAUGGUAUUACUCAAAUACAAAUGAAAGUAUUCCUUCUCAAAAAAGAAAUCGAAUCUUUGUCUCAAGAGAUCGUCUGAAGUUUCUACCAGCCAGAGUGGAAGACUCUGGGAUUUAUGCUUGUGUUAUCAGAAGCCCCACCUUGAAUAAGACUGGAUACUUGAAUGUCACCAUAUAUAAAAGGCCGCCAAGCUGUAACAUCCCUGAUUAUCUGAUGUACCAGACAGUACAUGGAUCAGAUAAAAAUUCCAAGAUAACGUGUCCAACAAUUGACCUGUAUAAUUGGACAGCACCUGUUCAGUGGUUUAAGAACUGCAAAGCUCUCCAAGAGCCAAGGUUCAAGGCACACAGGUCCUACUUGUUCAUUGACAAUGUGAGGCAUGAUGAUGAAGGUGACUACACAUGUCAAUUCACGCACACAGAGAACGGAACCAACUAUAUCGUGAGUGCCACCAGAUCAUUCACAGUUGAAGAAAAAGGCUUUUCUAUGCUUCCAGUAAUUACAAACCCUCCAAAAAACCACACAGUGGAAGUGGAAAUAGGAAAAUCAGCAAGUAUUACCUGCUCGGCUUGCUUUGGCAAAGGCUCUCAGGUGUUGGCUGCUGUCCUGUGGCAGGUUAACGAAACAACAGUCAGAAAUUUUGGUGAAGCAAGAAUUCAAGAAGAGGAAGGUCAAAAUAAAAGUUCCAGCGAUGACAUGACUUGUUUAACCUCAGUGUUAAGGAUAACUGGUGUGACAGACAAGGACUUGUCUCUGGAAUAUGAAUGUCUGGCUCUGAACUUUGACGGCUGGGUAAACCGCACCGUAAGACUGAGAAGGAAGCAACCAAUUGAUCACCAAAGCAUCUACUACCUAGCUGCCAGCUGUAGUUUAUUGCUAAUGUUUAUCAAUGUCUUGGUGAUAGUCUUAAAAGUGUUCUGGAUUGAGGUUGCUCUGUUCUGGAGAGAUAUAGUGACACCUUACAAAACUUGGAAUGAUGGCAAGCUCUAUGAUGCUUACAUCAUCUACCCUCGGGUCUUCCGGGGCAGCGCAGCAAAAAUCAGCUCUGUGGAGUACUUCGUUCACCACACUCUGCCCAACGUUCUUGAAAAUAAGUGUGGCUACAAGUUGUGCAUUUAUGGGAGAGACCUGCUGCCUGGGCAAGAUGCAGCCACUGUAGUGGAAAGCAGUAUCCAGAAGAGCAGACGACAAGUGUUUGUCCUGGCUCCUCACAUGAUGCACAGCAAGGAAUUUGCCUACGAGCAGGAGAUUGCUCUGCAUAGUGCCCUCAUCCAGAACAACUCCAAGGUGAUUCUUAUUGAAAUGGAGUCUCCGGGUAAGGCAAGCAGAUUGCAGGUUGGGGACCUGCAAGAUUCUCUCCAGCAUCUUGUGAAAAUGCAGGGAACCAUCAAGUGGAGGGAAGACCACGUGGCCUACAAGCAGUCUUUAAACUCCAGAUUCUGGAAGCAUGUGAGAUACCAAAUGCCAGUACCGAAAAGACCCCCCAAGAUGGCAUCUGUUGCUGCUCCAUUGAGUGGCAAGGAGUGCUUGGAUCUGAAACACUUUUGAGUCGUGGACCUGCCUACCCAGAACUGGGGAGUUCCAACAGUAGGUGCCAAAGUGAAAGUGUGAAAACUUGAAAUGUCAAGGUUGGGGACCACAAGUCUCAGCUAAUGAGCGACUCUGGUUUGUUUUCCUGGUUGUGGGAAGAGUCAUACAUCCUUUGUUUCUGGUUUCCUUUGCCUACUUCACUCUUUCAUGGCACAAGAUCAAUCCCUGAGUCCUUUUAUUUUCUUUAUCUCUCUGUUUCUUCUUUUUUUUUUUAAAUUUUUUAUUGGUUAUUUUGUUUAUUUACAUUUCAAAUGUUAUCCUCCUUCUCAGUUUCCCUUCCACAAACUUUCCAUCUCCCUUCCCCCUAUUUCUAUGAGGAUGCUCCCCCCACUCACCUGCCCACUCACACCUCACCUGACCCUAGCAUUUUCCUACACUGGGGCAUGGCGCCUCCAUAGGACCAAGGGCCUCCCCUCUCAUUCAACAAUCCAUUCUGAAUAUCAAGUGGACACUUCUAGAAUAAUGUUCUGAUUCAUCUCAAAGAGCAGUCUCAUCCCUAGAAGCAGAGGACCAGUAGUAAACCUCAUUCCUAACACACCACAAUUUCUUACUUUUUGUCAGUUACCGAGUUUUGUCAUGUCAAUAUCGCCAGAUUUGGUAGAACAUCUUAUCCAAAUUGCUGUUACAGUAGAGCAUUUUUCAGUUCUAAAUGUCUUUUAUAUAUUUUUUCAUUCUCCUUAGAAAUUCCUUAUCACUUUAAAAGUAAUAAAGAUGGAUUAGAAAGCAUAAAGUAUCGAAGAAUAUAUAAUAAAAUAUAAAAAAAUAAUAGAAAGGAAAUAUAAUAAAAAUCACGACUCUGAAGAUUAAUUUUGGUAAGUCUGUAUUUUAAAAUAAAAUUAAAGUUUAUACAUAAUAAGUUUUAUAGCUGAGGUUGUACAAUACAGACUUGGCAUUUUUUCCUAUUUCCGACCAUAAUGAAAACUCGUGGCUGACUUCUUUAAAAUUUACAGAUGUUCCUAAUGUCUCAUCUCAGCCUGUGCUGCAGACUCCAGCUGAAGCAGGCAGCAUGAGAAACAUGUCUGCCCGGGCAUAUCUACCUACUUACUGAAGUGUAUCUGUCACUGUGAGAAGCUUAGUUUUGUGAUACUCCUAUAAAAUGUGUAGGGAAUUUGGACAGAACAGACUUAAUCUGUAGUCAGAGGUUCUCUGGACAGUCUUCUCCAGGAGAACACACAUACUGUGGGGCCCUAGGCACUCAGGGAGUAGACCCAGAGCUUAGGCAAGUGUCUUACUGGUACCUUGUAUUUUGCUGAUAGAUAUGAGUCCUGCCUUAGUUGAGUUCCUCAGUUGGUGAUGGGACUCCACUCUGAGGUGACAAUGAAAACAGAAUUUGGGAGACUUUUGAGGGAAAUGUUGACCUCAUGGUCAACAUACGAGGCUGCAGAGAAGCCAUAUGCAGAAGUAUGUGUGGAGGAUAUAGGGUAGCCCGUUCUUCUGGGGACUGUAUGCUCUUAAUCUGAACCCUUAAGUUGGAUUGCCAGGGAAACAUUUGCUAACGUUCAGUUUAAAGGCUGAAGUUUUAGCUGAAGGUGAUCACCCAUGCAUCCAUCCUGUGAUUGGAUGGUUUGAUUAAUCCACCUGUCCCGCUGUAGUAGAUGGCUGUGUUCUUUGACAGCUUCACCUACUUUUAGUGAGUUGUCAAAAACUGACCGAUGAAAAGCAUGCUCUGUAUAUAACUGUCUCAUGUCACAGGACAUGGAAUCAGGAGGAAAUCCUUGUUCUGGAUAAUGGAAUCCUUGCUCUGGGUAACUAGCUCUGUGGCUGGGAGAAAGUUCCUUUACAUCCUCAAAUAGUAGUUUUCUUAGGUCGGAUGAGACAUAAUACCAUACUGGAUUCUUUUGCUAAGAGAAAAUAGAAGUAUUUGGAUUUUAGAAAUAAUUCCAUAAAUACUAAUGUUUGUGAAUAUGGAAUCUCAUAGUGAGCCUUAGGAAUGUGAGUGCGUUCUGUGAUUGUUCUGAAUGAAGACCUCUAACAUGGAAAUGCUCUCCCGUCUCAUCUCUGGGAACAGAUGCUUCCUCAUGCCUGCUGCUCCAUCCACCGAAAAGGACUGAAGACAAUUAUUAUUUAUUUGCUUUUGAGAUUAUUCUGACAAUUCUAAACUAUUUGCAUGUAAUUGUGCUGGGCAGUGUGAUGCACACCUUUAACCUGAGAGGCAGAGGCAGGUGGAUCUCUGUGAGUUCAAGGCCAGCCUGGUUUACAG